CCAAGAUGGCGGCGCGGGUGUCGCAGGGCCCGGCAGCCCGCGGGCGCUCUUAGGCCGCGGCCCCCCCGCCCCGCCGACCCCGGGCGGGCUCCCCGCCGCCCCGGCCCCUCCCGCCCUCCGGCAGCGGCGGCCGGCAGGAUGCUGCCCUCGCAGGAAGCCUCCAAGCUGUACCAUGACAACUACGUGCGGAACUCGCGCGCCAUCGGCGUGCUCUGGGCCAUCUUCACCAUCUGCUUCGCCAUCAUCAACGUGGUGGUCUUCAUCCAGCCCUACUGGGUGGGCGACAGCGUUAACACGCCCAAGCCCGGGUACUUCGGGCUGUUCCACUACUGCGUGGGCAGCGGGCUGGCGGGCCGGGAGCUGUCGUGCCGCGGCUCCUUCACCGACUUCAGCACCAUCCCCUCGGGCGCCUUUCAGGCGGCCGCGUUCUUCGUGCUGCUCUCCAUGGUGCUGACGCUGGGCUGCAUCACCUGCUUCGCCCUGUUCUUCUUCUGCAACACCGCCACCGUCUACAAGAUCUGCGCCUGGAUGCAGCUGCUGGCAGCGCUCUGCCUGGUGCUGGGCUGCAUGAUCUUUCCUGAUGGCUGGGAUGCAGAGACCAUACGGGACAUGUGCGGGGAGAAGACAGGGAAGUACUCCCUGGGCGACUGCUCCGUGCGCUGGGCUUACAUCCUGGCCAUCAUCGGCAUCCUCAACGCCCUCAUCCUCUCCUUCCUGGCCUUUGUUCUCGGCAACCGGCAGAACGACCUGCUGCACGAGGAGCUCAAGACAGAGAGCAAAGAUUUUGUUGGCACUGCGAGGAUAUAAAGCCGACCAUCCGCAGCAGGACCCUCUUCCCAUGGCCGGCAGCCUGGGCGCUCCCUCCCUGUCCUGCCCUUCAUCUGCUGCCAGCGGCCACACAGCGUCCCGCGCCGCCCUCCGGGCCCCGGCGCCCGUGCCAGGGAUGCGCCAGCCGCCCGCCGCAUCCACGGCCACCUCCAUGUCCACGCCGGCACCACCAUCCCACACCCCCUGCCAGCUCCGUACCCACUGCUGCCUGCGGGCCGCCGCCGGGGGAGGAUGCCUCGAACCCGCUUUGUUCAAGAACAGAAUCCAGCUGCGGUUUUGUUUCAAGGAAAAAACAGUCUUGGAGUUUUUAACAGAUUUCUACAUCCCCAGGACUCCUGACCUGCUGCCUCCCACCCGAACGCGCACCCAGUGACGCCCCGUGCCAGCUGCUCCGGGUCCCGGACCCCUCCCCACUCCCAUUUUGUAC